UUUCGUAACCCCCAACCGAACUUACACGUGGUAUUUUGGUAUGAAGGACGCAGAAGCUUCACAUAACUGGCUCGAAUAGUCCUUCUAUAACAGGGAACACAGUUUACACAACGACAAUCAGUGGGAGCAUGAGAAACAUGCAGUGAUAUCGUUUUCACACAAGUUAUCUUAUGAUUGAAGAAUGCAUAUCGCCGAUUUCGCGGCAGGAUCCAUAGGAGGGGCAUGUGGUGUUGCUGUGGGAUAUCCGCUUGAUACAGUAAAGGCUGAACUCUUCCUGACGUUGACAGGUGAGGAUACAAACUCAGAAGCAGUUCACUGGAAUUUGGCAUUGCUUCAUAACAACGUUAUCUAAAGAAGGGGUCCAUGGCUUCUUCAAGGGGAUGUCCCUGCCUGUUACCACGGUUUCCAUGACUUCCUCUGUGGUGUUUGGGAUGUACAGGAACUGCCGUCAGUGUCUCAGUCAGCUGAGGGGAGGACCAGGAACACCAAACACCAAACCAGAAAUCUUCCUCUCCGGCCUGGCCGGGGGUGUGGCUACGGUGUCAGUGAUGUCACCAGGCGACAUAGUGAAAGUCAGACUGCAGUGUCAGACAGAGUCCAUGCGAGCCAGAAAAGGGGCCAACUUGCCCAAACCCAAGUACCGCGGCCCCGUCCACUGUCUCCUGACCAUCGUCAGAGAGGAGGGGGUACUGGGGCUCUACAGGGGAGCUCUGCCUCUCAUGCUGAGAGACGGACCGUCCUACGCCACCUACUUCCUGACUUACAGCACACUCUGUGAGUGGUUCACCCCGACUGGAAAGAAGGGACCUGAGUGGACAGGGGUGAUGCUGGCUGGCGGGGUGGCUGGUAUGACCGGCUGGACAGUGGGUACGCCCAUGGACGUGAUUAAGGCUCGCCUCCAGAUGGACGGAGCCAGGGAUAUCAAGAGAUACAAGGGCUUUGUCCACUGCAUCACAGAGACAGUCAGGAUGGAGGGGUCAGGGGUGUUCUUUAGGAGCUUGGGUAUCAACUGUCUACGUGCCUUCCCUGUCAACAUGGUUGUGUUCGCUACCUAUGAACUCCUGGUCGGCUUCCUCAGAACACAGCCUGAUGCUAUAGAACCCCCCAAACUAGAGUUUGAGUAGACACUGAGUGAUUAACCGAAAUGUUGGUUAUUUUUUGUUUUUUAAACAACUAAUUGACCAAUUAGUUCAAUUAUUUUAAUUCCAUUUCAUUCGUUUUUUUCUGUUAGCUCAAUGCGCACAUCGCACAGUUUCUCUAGAGAUAAAUCCGAUCCCGCCUGAACUGUGCAAUGUACAGUAGUAGGGAGUUGAAAUCUCCAAUAGGUUAGAGCAUAAAACGCUGUAAUUAACUGCAAUGACCUAAAUCCAUUGCGCAGAUGACUUGGAAUUAAAUAAUAAAUUAAUCAAAUAAAACAAAUGUAAUAUAUACAACAACUGAAAUAUUUUAUUAAAGUAAUGUGAAUAAAUUAUGGUUAAUAAGUGAUAA